CAUUAUGUUAGUAUUGAACAUUAUGUUAGUAUUGAACAUUAUGUUAGGAUUGGACAUUAUGUUAGUAUUAAACAUCAUGUAAGGAUUGAAUAUCAUGUUAGUAUUAAACAUCAUGUUAGGAUUGAACAUCAUGUUAGUAUUAAACAUCAUGUUAGUAUUAAACAUCAUGUUAGUAUUAAACAUCAUGUUAGGAUUGAACAUCAUGUAAGGAUUGAACAUCAUGUAAGGAUUGAACAUCAUGUAAGGAUUGAACAUCAUUUAAGGAUUGAACAUCAUGUAAGUAGUGAACAUCACGUUAGUUCUGAAAAUUAUGUUAGUUCUGAAAAUUAUGUUAGUAUUGAACGUCAUGUAAGGAUUGAACAUCAUGUUAAGAUUGAACAUCAUGUAAGGAUUGAACAUCAUGUAAGUAGUGAACAUCAUGCUAGUAUUGAACAUCACGUUAGUAAGAUUGAACAUCAUGUUAGGAUUGAACAUCAUGUUAGGAUUGAACAUCAUGUUAGGAUUGAACACCGUGUUAGGAUUGAACAUCAUGUUAGUAUUAAACAUCAUGUUAGGAUUGAACAUCAUGUAAGGAUAGAACAUCAUGUUAGGAUAUGCAUAAUAUUGUGA